UUAAAAAUCGUGCAUCGCACGGGCUUACAUCUAGUAAUAAUAAUAAUAAUAACAUUAAUAAUAGUAUUAAUAACAAUGUUGAAAUCUGCUCGGCUCUGCUCGACUAUCUUGAAAUCUGCUCUGGUAUGCCCAGAAGCUCAAAAGAAGAGGGUCUUAGUGAAUGUUUAAAAUUUCUUCACCAUCAGGGCCGGCUAUGGGUCUGUGCAAAGAGACCCAUAGCAUAGGGCCCCGAAAUGGAGAGGGCCCCCAAUUGAAAAAAAAAUAAAAUAAAAUAGUUAAUGAUAUAACAAAUACUAGCUGGUAGCUGAUAAAUACUUACUUCGUAAAUGAUUUGGCUUGGACUGUUGUGCUGGGUUCGAACCUCGACGUCGACAAUGAUGAGGAACAAAGCUUUGAUUUCAGUUGGUUCUGCUUCUUCGCCUUUUUUAGCUCAAGGCUUUGUCUUUGGUCAAGGUUUUUCUGCAGAAAAAAUAAAGUUAUAGGUCGUGCAAUCAAGCAUCAAAACUCGUCUUCAAUGGCGGCGACAAUGUAUUUGCAAAAUCUCUUGCAAUAUUGUGCAAGAAACUGUUUAUUUGUAGAAGGAAAAGCUUGCCAUGCUCAAAUCAUUCGAGCUGGUUUAGGGGUUGAUACUUUAACAUCAAAUAUGCUUAUCAAUAUGUACUGCAAAUGCAGCCUUCUUCACCCUGCUCGUCAAGUGUUUGAUAAAAUGCCUGAAAGAAGUUUGGUUUCUUGGAACACUAUGAUUGGGGCAUAUACCCAGAAUGGAAGGGCAGAUGACGCUUUAUCCCUCUUUGUAGGAAUGCGAAGAGAGGAAUCCCCUUUGAGUGAGUUUACUGUCUCGAGUGUGCUUUGUGCUUGUGCAGCGAAAUCUGCCAUUUUUGAGUGCAGACAACUGCAUGCUUUUGCUGUUAAGAAGGGGAUAGAGUCUAAUGUGUAUGUUGGGACUGCUUUGAUUGAUGUUUACUCGAAAUGUAAUUUUAUGGGGGAGGCCUCGUGGGUUUUUGAGAGCUUAGAGGAGAAGAGCGAUGUGACAUGGAGCUCGAUGGUGGCAGGUUAUGUUCGAAAUGAGCUCUAUGAAGAGGCUUUGAGGUUGUAUCAUAGAGGUCAAGCUGUUGGGUUAGAGCAAAACCAGUUUACCCUUUCUUCUGUUUUUUCUGCUUGUGCAGGGCUAGGUGCUUUGACUGAAGGGAACCAAGUGAAUGCCACUUUGUUUAAGUCCGGUUUUGGUGCAAGUGUUUUCGUGGCUUCCUCUCUUGUAGAUAUGUACGCGAAAUGUGGAGCCAUUAAAGAAGCUUAUACUGUAUUUUCUGAUCAAGAUAGCAAGAAUGUUGUUUCAUGGAAUGCAAUGAUUUCAGGUUUCUCUAGGCAUGGUCGGUGCUUGGAAGCUAUGAUUCUUUUUGAGAAGAUGCAGCAGACUGGUUUGUACCCGAAUGAAGUGACCUAUCUCUCAGUUCUAUCUGCCUGUGGCCAUAUGGGGCUAGUUAAAGAAGGGCAGAAAUACUUUGAUCUUAUGGUGAGAGAACACAACAUAUCACAAAGUGUUCUCCAUUAUUCUUGCUUGGUAGACAUCUUCGGUCGUGCUGGAUACAUUCAUGAUGCAUAUGAUGUGAUAAAAACUAUGCCAUUUGAAGCAACUGCAUCUAUGUGGGGUUCCCUGUUGGCAUCCUGUAGAAAUUUCAAGAAUCUUGAGCUGGCCGAGAUCGCAGCUAAGCAUUUGUUUGAGCUUGAACCAACCAAUGCUGGGAAUCAUGUAUUGCUUUCUAACAUAUAUGCAGCAAACAAGAACUGGGAAAAAGUUGCUAAAUCACGGCAGCUACUUAAGGAUAGUGAAGCUGUUAAGGAUAGAGGUAAAAGUUGGAUCGAGAUUAAAGGUAAGGUCCACAGUUUUAUGGUUGGAGAACGAGAACAUCCUCAAAUUACUGAGAUUUAUUUACAGUUGGACAAAUUGAUGGAGGAGAUGGAGAAGUUGGGUUAUAAAGUUGAGAUGGCUCAUGACCAUCAUGAUGUGGAUGAUAGCAAUAAAGAGAUGUUGCUGAGACAUCAUAGUGAAAAGCUUGCAUUCACUUUUGGGGUCAUCAGUCAGCCCCCUGGUGCACCUAUCAGGAUCAUGAAGAACUUGAGAAUUUGCGGCGAUUGUCAUAAUUUUAUGAGGUUUGCAUCAAUCAUUACAAAGAGGGAGAUCAUAGUCAGGGACUUGAACCGAUUUCACCAUUUUAGUAACGGUUGUUGUUCCUGUGGAGAUUUUUGGUGACUGAUCAUGCUGCUUUAUGCUGCUUGCUAAAUGCCAUUCUGAUUGUAUUUUUUCGCUACAGAUGUGCAACCAAAAACUUGUUAUUGAAUUGCAGAAUGCAAAACAGGAUAAUCACACUUUGUAUUAAUUUGUGUGUUUACUUGGUAUCUGCCAACGAAUUGCAUUUGUUUUCUUAUUAGCCUUUGAAUAUUAAUGGACCUAGAGCUCAAGUUAAGCUAUAUCUUAUUACUAUCUAAGCCAUGAUGAGUAAUCAUAUUUGACAUACUCCGUGUUCAAUCAGGUAAUUUUACUUAUGUUUUCUGCCUUUUGAUCCUUUUUUUAUUUAUCGUUUGGCUUUUGCAUUUCAUUGUUGCUUGUUUAUUUGAUCGGAUUGGAUUGUUGUUUAUUUCUAUCAAUCGUUUUUUUGUUUAAUGCUGCGUUUUUUCUUCUUUCUUUUUCAAUUCUUUGUUUACGUAGUAUCUAAGAAUUGAUGAUUGCCGUUAGUUAAAAUUAAGUGUUAUGAGUGAUUAGGGGUUUU